AACGGCGCCAAGAGAUCUAAUCGACCACCCUGAUAAAAUUCAAUCUCAGCCUCGCCAUUCACCGUCGCAACUACCAAAUUUACAAAUUUAAAAGAUGCCGACGAAACACAAGCGCAGUAAAGCUGAGGAUGACGGUCUAACCGCCGAUCUCCCUCCAUCCGAAGUCGCAAAACCACUCGCAGUUGCCAGAGGCGCAAAAUCGAAUGGCAUAUUCAGCUCGGAUAGCGCACCGGCGCGGAAGCCAAACAAGAGGAAGCGCAGAGAUGAUGCGGAUGAUACUCCGAGGGCAUUUGCGCGCCUGAUGAUGUUUCAGCAGGGCAAGAAGCUCCCUUCAGGCCUUGACGAUGGCAUAAAGCCGACGAAAAAGCAAAAGCAGGCUGCGGCGGCAGCAGAGAAGGGGAAUAAGCCGCAGGCACCCAAGGUCGAUCCUGAACAGGUUGAGAUACCAAGGAUUAAGCCGGGAGAGAAGAUGUCAGAAUUCUCCGCUAGGGUGGACGCCGCACUGCCGAUUUCUGGGUUGAUCAAUAAGACUGGGAAGGACGGCAAGGAUCCAUUAGGGUUGAAGGUGGGGCGAACCAAGACAGAGAAGAGAAUGCAUAGAAUGUAUGCGGAAUGGCGUGAACAGGAGCAAAAGAUACAGGAUAGACGGCAGGAGGCCAUGGAGUUGGCUGAGGAAGAGGAGCUGGACGACGAGGGAAGAGUGAAGUGGAAACUCGACCCUGAGGAUACUGUCCAGACUGGGAAGAAAAAGAAUGGAAAGGGAAAGAAGAAGAAGGCGAUUGGAGAGAUUGAUGAUGGAAACGACGACCCAUGGGCAAUAUUGAAGAAAACGAGGAAUGAAGGCCCGAACAGACUUAGCGAUGUUUACCAAGCGCCACCGACAUUUACAAAGAUACCCAAGGAGAAAUUCAAGGUCAGAGGGGCAAGAGUGGAGGUCGAGGAUGUGCCGAAAGCGUCAGGAAGUUUGAGGAGGAGAGAGGAGUUGGGUGAGGUGAGACAGAGCGUUGUUGAAGGGUACAGGCAAAUGAUGAAGGAAAACCGCGAGGCGGCGGCUCUGAGGAGUAAGAAGGACUGAGAGGCAGAUUCAAAAUAUAGAAAUUCAUGGGUCAGGACAAAUAUCAUUGCAGUUAUUCGAUCUCAAACUUAGGGGUUCCUGUAAUAUUUUCCUCGUAGAGUCUGUGCCGGUCCGAGAAUUAACUUCGAGUGCCACGAAAUUAUCCAGACGUCCCUAAUCGAGCAUGUAGG